CUGCAGCGGGACCGAGGGACGCGCGAAAAGGUCCCCAUUCCUGACAGCCCCUCCCGAUCGGGAGAAGCCAGCAGCAGUCACGUGGCUCCUUCCCUCCCUCCCUCCGCCGACUCGCCCGUGUUAACGUGAGGUGGCAACGGGGCGGGCCCGGAGUCCGCGUAAGCGAAGGAUCGCAUCUGCUCGCCCUUCUCAUCAGUGCGGCAGAGCCAUGUCGAACGGCAGCCGGGAAGGCGCCCUUAAACGGGCCUGGCCCACCAGCUCGGCCAAUGACUUCCAGACGCCUCAAAAGCGCGGCGUUGCCGCUGCGGCAUCGGCGGAUUCCAUUAGCCUCCAUCCUCGAUCCUGGGACACGGAGCAGCUGUGCGCCUUCCUUCAGGAGCAGGGCUUGGAAGCUGAGGAGCUGCAGCGCUUUCGAGAACAUAAAAUAACUGGUAAAACUGUACCAACUCUCACUGAAUCUCAUCUUGAAAAAAUGGGAAUUUGUGCUGUAGGAGUGAAAGAGAAACUGCUAAUUUGUCUGCGCAAACUGGCACAAAGUCAGAGUUACACUGAAAUAGCAAAGGUUUUUAAUGAUCCAAUCCAUGGUCAUAUUGAAAUGCAUCCUCUUCUUGUUCGCAUCAUUGACACACCUCAAUUUCAGCGUCUACGAUAUAUUAAACAAUUGGGUGGCACUUACUAUGUUUUCCCAGGAGGAUCACACAAUCGCUUUGAACAUUCUCUUGGCGUUAGUCAUCUCGCAGGCCGUUUGGUGCAGGCGUUGCAAGAACGACAACCUGAACUGAAUAUUGAUCAGAGGGAUAUUCUCUGUGUUCAAAUUGCUGGACUUUGUCAUGACUUGGGUCAUGGACCAUUUUCACAUAUGUUUGAUGCAAGAUUCAUUCCACUUGCUCGCCCGGGAUUAAAAUGGAAGCAUGAGCUGGCUUCAGUUCAGAUGUUUGAAUACUUAAUUGAUUCCAAUAACUUAAAGCCAGACAUGGAAAAGUAUGGUCUCCAGCUUGAUGAAGACAUACAAUUUAUCAAAGAACAGAUAGCAAGUCCUGUUGAGGAGAAAAUGGGAGACAAAGAGUGGCCCUAUUGUGGUCGUUCCAAAAACAAGAGUUUUCUUUACGAAAUAGUGGCUAACAAAACAAGUGGCAUUGAUGUUGAUAAAUGGGACUACUUUGCCAGGGAUUGUCAUCAUCUUGGAAUUCAAAACAAUUUUGAUUAUGAGCGCUUCAUUAAAUUUGCUCGAGUGUGCCUAGUGAAAGAUAUGAUGCAUAUUUGUACCCGCGACAAGGAGGUUGGAAAUUUGUAUGACAUGUUCCACACACGAAACUGUCUGCACCGCAGAGCAUAUCAGCACAAAGUUGGCAACAUUAUUGAAACCAUGAUUACUGAUGCCUUUCUAAAGGCUGAUCCAUAUAUCAAAAUAAAGGGCUCAGGUGGAAAAAUGUUCCGGAUCUCUACAGCACUGGAAGACAUGGAAGCCUAUACCAAGCUGACAGAUGAAAUCUUUUUGAAGAUUCUACAUUCUGAUGAACCAGAGCUGAGUGAUGCACGCGAAAUUCUGUGUAAAAUACAGCAGCGCGAUCUCUUUAAAUGCUUGGGAGAAACACAGCCACCAGAGGGCAAGGAAAUUAAAAAGGAAGAUUAUGAUGGAUUGCGAGCUGAAAUUGUUAAUUCCAAACCUAAGACAAUCUCUGUAGAUGUGGAACUGAAGGCUGAAGAUUUUAUUGUUGAUGUUAUUGAUAUGGAUUAUGGAAUGAAAAAAAGGAACCCUAUCAAUAGCGUUCGCUUUUACUGCAAGACUGACAUCACUCAGGCAGUUAAAAUUACAAGAGAACAAGUUUCACAGCUGCUCCCAGAAAAAUUUGCAGAGCAGAUCAUCAGAGUUUAUUGUAAAAAAAAGGAUGCAAAGAUAAUUGAGGCUGCUACAAAAUACUUUAUUCAGUGGUGUAUGGAUAAGGAUUUCACUAAACCACGGGAUGGUGAUGUGGUUGCUCCAGAACUUACUCCAAUGAAAAAAGGGUGGAAUAAGGAUGAUGAAAAUCAGGAUUCAAACAGGAACAGUAGUUGUAAAGUAAAACUUUUUUAAGUGAGUUAGUACAUUCCUUCAAUUCUGUGUGUGUGUGUGCAUAUAUUCUAGCCAAAUUUUCUUCAAAAGAUAUUCUGUAAAAUUACAGAGUAAGCCUGUAUGGUGCCUUUGAAAAACUGCAGUGAAAAAUACCUGUAGACUUUUUCACAAAAUUGUAUAUUACUGCGAUUUUGAGAAAGCUAAAUAAUUUAUCAACACUAUUUUAGUGUUAAUGUAAGUGUAAUUUAAUUUAAGUUGUUUAUAUAGCAAAAUAUACAAAAAUGCCUCCGGGUUUAAAAAACAAGAAACUUACAAAUAGAUUUCAGUUUUACAAUAUAAAUCUUUUUUCUAUAAUUAUCUGAAUACUUCACUGAAUUCAACAUUAGCUUUCUAAGUAUAAAUUCUCCAAAUUUGCACAAGGAGGGGUAACCAAUUUUCAUUAGGGUUUAUCUUCUCCUGAACUGUUUGAUAUGUUGCUUCCUCAAGGGGCGGGGAGAGAGAUAAUAGUAAGUAGACCUAAGUGAUUGUUAUUUAUUUUGUGUCUAGAUUGAUGCUACCUUUUUGACCAGAAACAAAUCAUUUUGGUGCAUUCUACUGAUAGUAAUUAACAGGCUAACAAAUGGAACGGACUCUGCCUCUCCCCACUUUCAUGUUGCAUGUUGUUAUCCACCAGCAACCCCCACCUGAGCAUGUUGAUCUUACUUUUAGGCACUCCUACCCUCAAUGUCUUCCAAGUAACAUAGGGAGAUCAAAUCCCUCAGCCGUGUCUUCUUUCGAGAUUAUUUCUUGUUCCAUAAAUUCUGUCCUCCUCCCAUCUUCUAAUAGAAUUUUGCUCCUGCCAUAAAAUCUCUUCCUAGAUCUAAGUCGACGAGUUUGGGGCACGUAUCCAUUCAGAGGAUGUCGGAGAUCAUUCGUUUGGUUCUCUCAGCAACUGUUGCUACUUCUGUCCUAAUCCUAGGUGGAGCAAUACCAGCCAGAGGAUACAUUUUCUCAAUUGGUGUGGGUUUAGGGCAUCCUGUCACUGUGUGUACUGCUUCAUUGACAGUAAUGUCAACUAGCUUUGCAUAUGUGGAUGUACUCCAUUCUGGAGCAGCAAAUCCUGCUGCAGAAAUAUUCUUUCCACUAGUGCAAACCAUCAACCGUGAAAUGAAUCAGUGAACAAACCCCAUAGUUUCAUAUAUAUUCUGAGUAAAUAUAUAAAAUAAACUUAAGAAGGGGGAGAGAUCUUGUGCUACUUGCUUGAAAUUCAUAUAUUUUCUAUAUGAAGGGAUUAUUCCAUAAUUCCUUAACUCUUUUAGAUCAUGACAGCUGGUGAAUGUAUGUUGAUUUAGAGCUAAAUAUUCAUUAGCACAAUAAAUAUUACAAUAUUUUAAAA